GUCAUGUGACAGAUGCGCGCGUCUUCGCGUCGCUCCUGAAAACAUCUGUACCGCUCUCAGAGCCAGUAUACUAACCUGUAUCGCACCGUCUGCUUGUAUCGCUAUCUAUCCCCAGGUAUGGCCACCGCAACCGAGUCCUACGCCUCUCGUUUCCUCCCCCACCCAAAGACCGUAGCCAUCGUGGGCUGCCCGUUCAGAGGCGGCCAGUCCCGGGAAGGCGUCGAUCAUGGCCCCAUCCGCCUCGUCCAAGCCGGCCUCCCCGAACAGCUCGCCGAGCUCGGCUGGACGGUCAACUACGACGGCCACCACCAGUUCGAAGAGAUCGACGAGAAGAACGAUCCCCCCAUCGGCAAGAUGAAGAAUCCCCGCCUCGUCUCCCGCGUCUGCGAGGCCGUCGCAAAGGUCGUCGGUGAUCAUGCGAAGCACGGUCAGCUGCCCCUCACCCUCGGCGGCGAUCACUCCCUCGCCAUGGGUACUAUUUCGGGAACACUGAGCCACUAUCCCGACGCCUGUGUCAUCUGGGUCGAUGCCCAUGCCGACAUCAACACUCCAGAAACGACCGGCUCAGGAAACAUCCACGGCAUGCCCGUCUCCUUUCUCCUCGGGCUCGGCCCCAAAGUCUCCGAGUUCGCCUGGGUGCGCCCGCUCCUCCAGCCGCACCGCCUCGUCUACAUCGGCCUGCGCGACGUCGACGCCGGCGAGAAGCGUAUCCUCAAGGAGAACGGCAUCAAGGCCUUCUCCAUGCACGAGGUCGACAAGUGGGGCAUCGGCCGCGUCGUCGAGAUGGCCCUCGAUCAUGUCAACCCCAAGCGCGACUUGCCUGUGCAUCUGAGCUUCGAUGUAGACGCGCUCGACCCGAGUGUAGCGCCCAGCACGGGCACGCCGGUUCGCGGAGGGCUGACGUUCAGAGAGGGUCACUAUAUUUGCGAGGCGGUCUACGAGACGGGAUGUCUGGUCGCGCUUGAUAUCAUGGAGGUAAACCCAUCCCUCGGGACGGGCGAGGACGCGGUGAAGCAGACCGUUGCCGUCGGAUGCUCCCUUGCUCGAUCCGCGCUCGGCGAAACUCUGCUAUAGACGUACGCUCAGAACGUGAAUGUAGCAUAGGCUUCUGAUUCGCUGUAGCCAACGAGUAUACAAUACGACAUUCGAAUGAAGA